AUGGCUGACUGUCAAGGUCCGAUAUUUAUAGAUAAAGUGGACAACGAGAUUACAACAUUACAACUCUUUGACCACCUGACACUCCAUCAGCUUUUGACACCACAUCAACAUGGCUUUCUGGCUGGGAAAUCGACUAACACAGCACUGAUCAGCUUAGUGGAAUUCCUACUUGACCAAGAAGAAGAGGGAAACACAUCGACUGCCAUCCUCUUAGACUACAGCAAAGCCUUCGACUGUCUGGAUCAUGACUAUCUCAUAAGGAAAUUAACAGCUCUUGGAAUACAGGGAAGUGCAAAAUCAUGGUUCUCCAGCUAUCUAACCAACAGAAGCCAACUGGUGGAAAUAACACAUUCAGCAAAUGGCAAAUCAAAAUCAAUUAGAUCCAAACUGAAGACUGGUGGAAAUAACACAUUCAGCAAAUGGCAAAUCAAAAUCAAUUAG